UUGUUGAACAAACUCCUUGAUUAAGCACAUUCGGCUUUUCUCUCGUGAAUUUUAUUUCGUUUUACAAGGUUCGGAAUAUACUAAUGGAUCUUGAAAAGACUCGUCUCAAAAUCAAAACGGAAAAUCUCGAGACGGCCGGCUUAACUAGGGUUGAUAAUUUUUCAGACACUAGUGUAAGAAUAAAGACAGAGGAAGUUUAUAAUGCCAAGGUUUGUGUGGAAAAGCAAACUAGGGUUAUAAACGAAAAGAACGUCAAAAUAUCAGAGCUGAAUAAGAAGCUUAAGGAAACGAAGAAAGAGGUUGAGGAAUUGAAGCGACAGAAAUCUGAAGCCGAUGAAAUCAUCGAGGGGUUGCGGGCGAAGAAUACGGAGGCUUGUGUGACUAUAGAACAACUGAGUGAACAAAAGAUGGCUGCCGAAGAACACGUUGUGAGGUACGUCGAAACAGUGAGGAAAAUCGGUCGGAAGCAAUUGGAAAGCGAUAAUUUAGUGACGGAAUUGAGGCGACAGAAUUUGGAGGCUUCUCAGACGGUGGAGCAUUUGGGGCGGGAGCUGUUGGCUUGCGAAGUGCACAAGAAAACAUGUAAUAAGAAAUUGUCGGAAGCUGAUUGUACGGUGAAGGAGCUAAGGAAGAUUGUGGAGGAAUUAAAGCGACGAAAUUUUGUCGCUGAUAGAGAUGCUGGAGUCUUGAAAACGAAGUUUGAGGAUUUGGUGCCUUUGGCGGUUGGAUUAGGGAAGUUGUUGAAUGUGAAGAUCGAUGGGAUAGUGAAUCGAACGAACGAGGGUGGUGGUGGUGAAGAGAAUAAUAAUAUUAGCUUGGCAAGAGAUGAUGUCAUUGAAAUCAUCGAUUGUGAUGAUGUCGCAGAAGUCGUUUUCGAGAAUUUUGCAAAGAGGGCAAAUUAUGAUCGGACAAAUAAACGGAAGGGGAAAACGGACUGCUCGGAAGAGAUUUCUGUCACAGCUCAAAACAGGAAAAAAAGAAGCAAAAUUAGUGACGAAAAUCAAGAAUCAACUCGCAAUAGGCAUUCAUUUCCAGGAAAGACUAAUUCGAGCAAAAUGUGGAUGAGUGGGGCCCACAUGCUCGAGGCCUUCGAUAAGGAUGACGAGCUUUGUCUGAAAGCCGUGUGCGCACUUUAUCGAAAGCAAGUUUCUGCGACGGAAUCUACCACCCGAGGAUUACUUCACCGCUUCGAGACUAUGAGGGGACGUGAUUUGGCGGAGUAUUUGAUCGAUGGGGAUUCGGAGCUUAGAUUGAAGAAAUCGGUUUCGGAAGUAAAACGAGAAUUUCCCGAUGCUAUUAACAAAUGUCGAAUUCUUGCAGUGGAUUACCAUGAGAAACUCUUUAUGUUGUAUUGCAGUGAAGAGGAUCCUUCUUUUGGACCAAAAUGAUUUAUUUGAUGCUUGAAAGUUGUAAUAUAAAUCAUGCAUACUAAAUUACUAAUUAACCUAUUAAUUC